UGGUCCUCCUCUAUUAUGUGGUUCUUGAAGAUACAAAUCAUACAAAUUCUACUUCAUUUCACCAAAGAUUUUCAUUCCAACUUGCUCUAUACCCCACACACAUUAUACACAUACCCUCCAAUUCUUCUUAUAAAAAGGAGCAAACUCUACCUCCUCAUUUCAAAAAUCAUCUCUUCCUUAAGUCUUAUUGUUUAGACAAAUUCUUCCACAUUUUGAAUACUCUUUUGCUUACCAAGUUUUCUUAACUUCCACGACCUUCGAAACCUUAAGAGUCCGUUUGGUGACCAUAAUAACAUUGUUUCGAUUUUUUUAGGCUUUGCUUGCAAGAAAUGGCAUCAAUGUCAGCAUCUGGUUCAUGGAGUGCUAAGGACAACAAAGCAUUUGAAAGGGCAUUAGCUGUUUUUGAUAAGGACACACCUGAUCGUUGGUCCAAUGUUGCUCAAGCUAUUGGUGGAGGGAAGACUCCUGAAGAUGUUAAGAGACACUAUGAACUUCUUCUUAGGGAUAUUAGGCACAUUGAAUCAGGUCAAGUUCCAUUCCCAAAUUACAAGAAUGUUGGAAGCUUUGAUGAAGAAAAAAGGAUGAGAAACCUGAAGCUCCAGUGACAAAAUGGUGUUAACAAUAAAGAAUUUCUAAUUCUCAAUGUCAAGCAAGUUUUUUUUUUUUUUUUUUUUUUGUAAUUUAUGAAAUCAUUGGAUUAGGUAACUAUGAUGUUACAUAACAUAUGUAGUGCCAGUGAUGUAGCAUUUUGAAAGUAUUUGUCAUAAGAAUCAUAUAUCCCAUGAUUCCAUGUCCCACUUUUUUGUCGUUGGAAUAUCAACGGGUCUGUUUUUUGUUCCACCCAUAAUAAAAUUUAGUAGUAUAAUUUUAUGUUCUAUA